AUGCCUGUUGAAAAACUCUGUUGUAUGGGUCUUCUACCUGAAGUCUCAAUGACUGGUAGUGUAUGCAGCGUGGCUGUGGACACUUCUGAUCUCUUAGUUCAGUGUUUUUGUGGCUGUAGUCAUUGUUGUUUGGGAACUGAGAUUCAACAAAGUGUACCUGUUCGUCAGGAAUUAAAGGAAGCUCGGCCUCUCAAACACAAGCAUAAGUCACAGCAUCAGCUUGUGUCAUGCUCCCAAGAAUCUCAACAAAAAACAAACCCUUGCUUUGAGGAUUUUGAGAAAUCAUUUGGAUCAAGAAAAGACAGUGCUCCUAGAUCUUUUACAUUAAAAAGAAAAUAUUUCAAAUGUGAUUUGUGUAAAAGUGAAUUUACUCGGAAGCAGUCACUAACUGUACAUUUGCAAAAGCACAUGUGCCAGCAACGUCAGGAAAAUGUUGACACUUCUAAUAGGUCCGUGGCAGUACCUUACAAUAAUUUAAAAGCAGCACACAGUGAAGCUUUGUGCCAUCAAGGACAUUUGAAUGAUGUUAGAACAAUAAAACAGUCUUCGUGUAAUGUGUGUGCAAUGGUGUUGAGUAAACCAAGUUCUCUAGCCACACAUAGAUCUGUGCACUCAGGAGAAUGCAACCACAUGUGCAGCAUAUGUGGAAAAUGCUUUGCCACCCAUGCCAGUCUACAAUCUCAUGCUGUGAGCCACAGGAGCCUCAAGGCCUUUGUGUGUGCACUGUGCGGGGCUGCAUUUUCUAAGAAAGACAGCCUCACUACUCACUUGAGGAAGCAUACUGGGGAGCGUCCAUUUACUUGUGACAUCUGUGGAGCAGCUUUCAACAGGCGAUUCACUCUCAAAAAUCACCGAGCCCUACACUCAAGUGAACGGCCACAUGUUUGUGCUGCAUGUGGCAAAGCAUUUUUGACUCGCGCAGCGCUCGCUGCUCAUGAGCGCACUUCACACACAGGAACACAACCUUUGUCAUACACUCCUCGGAAGCGCCCUCAGGACUGCCAGUCUGUUGUAUGUGACCAGUGUGGUAAGGUGUAUUCCAAUGCUGCAAAUCUACGAAUUCAUAAACGCACGCAUACUGGAUUACGGCCAUUUUUGUGUUCAGUAUGUGGCACUGCUUUUGGAAAAAAAUAUACCCUUCAGUGCCAUAUGCGUCAUCAUACCAAUGAACGACCUUUCUCCUGUGAAGAUUGUGGAGCAGCAUUUUUUCGUCGCAGUACCCUGGCCACACAUCGACAUCGUCAUACAGGAGUACGUCCCCAUCGAUGUAAACUUUGUGGCCAAGGAUUCAUUCAGAGUGCAAGUCUUGUGUACCAUCUGCAGCACCAUGAACAUGCUACAGAUCUACAACAGUCUACAGCUGCUCAAAAGACAUCUAGAAGCCAAGUAACUCUUGGUAGAACUCCCAGUAGUUCAUCAUAGUUGCCAAGACCUUAGUUUUGUGCAGUGAGAAAAUGAAAUUUGAUGUUUAUUAAAAAUGGUAAUUUUACAUUUCAAAAAUCCUUUGGUCUCUGAUUUGCAGUCACAAAAAUAAUGCCAGGUAGUAGUACAGAAAUAAAAAAUGUUAACUCCCAUAUGGACUAUCACACCAUCUCGAAAAUUUUGACAGAUUCUAAAUGAUCUUGGCUGUCCAGGUGAUGCCGCGUCGAAGGUUGUGUUGUUGGCAACACAGCUAUCAGCGCGGCGUCACCGGAACAGCCAAGAUCAUUUACAUAACUCCGGCUGCGAAAGCCUACAACAGCAACAGGUUCUGUUUUCACAUCAGAUUCUAAUACUUUGCUCUACUUAACCCAAGAGAAGCAGACUAUUUCUGUCAGGGAUAACUGUAUGCUUCAGUUUUCUCAAUCACUUAAAACAUGUUUCCUCAUGAGUAAUAUUUAUCCAGAGGAUGAAGGAAAAAAAUUCUUGGACAAAAUUACCAUACCAAAAAGAUAUGUGGAGCAAGACAUCAACAUGUAUUAAUUCCACAGUUCAUUUUAGUUUAUUUUGAAGCAAAAUUACUUCUCAAAUCUUCUCUUUCUGUACAUUAAUUAGUUUUAUAGUAACACCAAAAUCGUUGUAGGCUCUCACACACCCACACACUAUUUUAUGUCGUCUAAUACACAUCUUUUUUUAGUUCUCAUUGGUGUACUUUCUUUGUUCUAUAUCUACGCUCACUUCCGGAAUUCUUGCCAAUGCCUUCAUGACUGGAACCUAAAACCACACCAGAUUUAUUCGUACCAUUUCAUGAGAAGAACACCUGACGUGCAUGAGAU